UUCCCGAAUUCCAUGGCAGACUGAGCUGCCCAGGAUGGCCUGUCGCUAUCCGAAGUGAUGGCCUGCGCGCUCGAGAUCUAUUAAUGUAACGCCCUCUCCCUGUCAGGUCCGAUAUAUUUGCCCCGGUUUUUCCUUUGUUGCUUCAUCGGGUCCACACCGGUCGCGUUUGUUCUUGUUGUUUUUUCAAUGUGGUACAACAAGUGAUCAAUAUGGAUGUUUUGAUUCAUCAGGGUAACCUGUGGCUGGUCGGCCUUGCCAUGGUCGCACUCGGCGGAUUCUACUUCGUCACGGGGAAAUUGCAAGGUAGCGCCAUUUUGAGCCGGGUUUGCAGCCACUGGGGGUCAAAAGGCGGGUGGCAGUCAUGGACUGCUGAAAAGAAGUCCUCCCCUGGUCCUUCUUCGCCAGCAACUUAUGUCGAUAUCCUCCCGCCACAACGCCGCCAUGUUCUUGCCUCGUUUAAGAUCGGGGUUCCGUAUGAAGAGGUUGACGAGAAAGACGUGGUGGAGUACGCCCUGCCCAUGACAUCGAACUACCAGACAUGCACGGACAAGAGAUACACCCCGACAGGGUUCUCGGCGGCAGAAGUCAGAGCAUUGGGUGAUUUUCCCGACUAUGCAGAGCUUAGCGGCGUGCCCUUGCCUGAGCCGUAUCACGAGUUUGACAUUGGCAAGGCGCUGGCCCGUCCCUAUCGCCCCUUCAGAUGGUCCUACCAUCAAACAAUGUCUCUUACAAAGUUGGAAACCGAUUGGUGGAUUGAACUCGAAAAUACUUACCGAGAGAGAAUUGCACAGCGCAAAGAGCUGUAUGCAAAGCAUGGCAGCUCAGUGCUAGGGUAUCUUCCUGGCUCGGAGCUGGCUUGCAAGGAGCUCAUGGAAAUGGUGCUGCAGUUCAUCUGUGCUCGGUAUCCGCAGUACUUUGUCAUCGAGGACAAUCGCAUCCUCCACAACAAGAUCUUGGGCACCAAGCAGGAUCUUAAGUCAAAGCACCCUCUCGACAUACUUAUUGAUAAUGUGCCGGAAGACUUUGGAAUUAUGUUGCGCGACGAGAAGACAGGCUUCUACUUCCUUCGCGCAGGUGUCAUCUGUUCGUCUCUGGGGUGGAAUGUCGGGACCAAAAUUGGCCUCCAGCUGCAUGAAAUUCACGAGACCAUCCCCGACUACAAAGAGAAGAUGCAGUUCUCCAUGGAUCGCUUCUUCACCAAGAUGCCGGUCGACAAGCCCAUCCAGAGAGGAUCCUGGGGCCUGGAGGUAGGCCAGCCUCUAUACAUGCCCAAAGGGGAUCCUCACGAGACACUUCGCCUGUCUCAGGACCCUAACCUACAACUGGAGGACUGCAACCUUCGAGUCGACUGGCAGACGCUCCGCCGUCUUCCCCUUUCUGCGGCCGUUGUCUUCAACUUCAAGGCCCUCUUCACGCCGGUGACGGAGUUCCGGGACGAACCGGGGGUGCCUGCGUUGACGGCUAAGGUUCUGAAGGAGGGCAAAAAGAAUCUCAUGGACUACAAGGGCACGUGGCACGUGGAACAUGUUGUCAUCCCGAAUCUCGAGAAGUGGGCCGCGGAGCAGGAGGAAAGCGGACUCGUUCCGAAGGACUGGCAGGUGGCUACGUUGGAUGACAGCCCAUGGUUCAAGGGCUGGCAGGAGAAAUGGCAUCGCCAGCAGGGAUUCUAAUCCCUUUUUAUAGAUUGCCCGACGGGCAUGGACUUGCAUAUAUUGGAGGCUGUAUGAAUCCUUCUUCUAUGCCAUUUGCUAUGCAUGGCGUUGUGAUAUUUCAAGUAUCUCCAAUCUUAUCCAAAGCGCAAUAUCCUCGUUAUAGCGUGAGAACCGCAAAUAUAUGGCGCGCACAUCUCGUUGAU